CAUUGCUCAAAAUGCGUUUGCUUUUGUUGCUCGGCGCGUUGCUGGUUCUCGCUGCGGCGCCGUCAUUCGCGUUUGACGACCAGGGAACAGCAACAACAACCGCAUCGCCGGUUGCAUCAGAUGUGGUUCCAGUGUACACGAUCGAGCAUGACUUGUCCGGUGUCGGUGGCGCCGAGCGCGCCGCGUUCGAGUCGCGCGGUAGCCUCCCAAUCCCAGCCACGGUCGCGUUCGCUGCGGCUGAUGCAGCGGCAGCCGCAACGUUGGUCUCGGCGACCACAGGACGUCCCAAGAUCAUUCCGCUGAUUCAGAACCCGCUGACUGGAGCGCAGCUGUCGCAGCUCAAGCGAUUGGCUGCGGCGGACGACUUGUACCGCAUUCGCUUCACAUCCACGGUCGGCGAGCACUCUUCCUCCGUACUUGCAUCCGUUCCUGCUUGUGCUCUUUUGAGCUCCAAUCUCCAAGACAACUUGGCAGUCCAUCUUGACGCGCGUGGUCUGGCGUUUGCCGUUUCGUACUCGGCCGGAUCCGUCGGCUGCGAUCGCGCCAAGGCGCAGGCCGUGGCUGAAGGCAGCAACUGGCGAACUCGCGCCACCAUUGGCUUGGUUUCGGCCGUUCCAGACCCAUUCAUUCCUCAGCAACUCCGCACCCCCGAUGGCAAGCCAGUAACGCCCGAAGACCAAAAGUCUUUCAUUCAAAAAUACUGGACUUAUAUCGUUCCCGGUGUCAUCAUCUACCUUGUUAUGAACAGCCUUGGUGGCGCCGCUCAAGGAGCAGCGCGUCCGGCGGCAUGAGUUGAAUUUCUGGCACAAAAACAAAAGUUGCUUCCUCCCUGUUUGUAUCAUUACAAAGAAACAAAAGAACCGGGUUGAAUGUUUAGCUGUGACCAAAAAAAAAAACAAAUUUGAACAAGGC